AUCUGAUCGUGUCGCUUGCAGGUCCAUCCAGUACGUUAAUGUUGUGUCCGGUGUUUUUGUUGUAAGGGCAGUAGGAAGAAAAUUGUAGUGAAUGUAAAUUUGCUCGUUGACAGAAUUAUUUAUUGUGAAACGUUGUAUGUUUUGUUUGGAUUCGAAUGAUUUACUCAUGAAAUUGUGGAAAAAUAUAAGCUCCGUAUACGUAAAGAUAAAGCCAGCAAAAUCCAUGUGGCCUGGCGAUAGCUAUCUUCGGUCGACCAAUUGACGAUUGCAGUGGAACGCACACUUUGACACAUCCGGAGCAUGCAUGGAGUCUGGCAGAGAUACCAUCCGUCGUUAGCAAUCGAUCCGACGAACAGUUGUAGCAGAGCUGGAAAGUGCAGAGCACCGUCGCGGUGAAAAAAUCGAUUUUCAAAUUCAUUGUGUAUCAACAAGCAGCUUCCGUCACUUGGAGAAUCACAUGUGAGAUACUGUUCUGCUGAUGUAUCGGAUUUUUACAAACGGGGGUGAAAGUUAACUCUGCUCGGUUCCACAGUACACUAGCUGCUCGCCACGAUAAGCUGCUUUGCUUUGUAAUUACAGUUGAGUUACAGUUAAAAAUUAUUUAAAAUUGAAAAAAAGUAAUCGAAAGUAAUAUCAAAUAGAUACCACAAAAUUUGUUAAGCAGUGUGUGUUAAAUAAGACGAGCAGUUAAACCAAAUCGAACAAAAUUAUUUGGUUUUCUUAUGUUAUGUUGCAUGACUCAUCUUGAAUCAGGCAAUCGAUAAAUCAUAAUUAACACGACGACAAUGGCCUAUGGUGCUCGGACUGCUUGGACUUCUUGAAUUCCGAACAGUAACUAAGGUACGGGCGCAAGCUAAACGGGUACUCCAGUUUCGAUUUUUUUAUUAUGCCUAUAUCGGACAAACCCCGACCGAAUCAUCCGCUGAAUGCCAAAAAGCCAAUUCCAGCAACACCAAAUCCGUGGGUAGCAGGUGGACCACCGGGCGGGAAGGACGCCGUCCUGGUGUUCCGAACGACUGCACUCUCGCCGGUCAAUACCAGCAGCGAUGAUCUCUCAGAGCCCACGCCUAGCGCCUCCUCGGGUGUUGCCACUGCCAGCUCAUCCGACACUCCAGGCACCUCCGGUUCCUCGGCGGGCUCCACCAAAGAACCUACCGCAACCACUAGUGAUAAGAUAGCUAACAAUUUGAAAAUACUCGCGACACUGCCUAAAAAUUUCAACGUUCAACGAAAAUCCAAUAGUAUUAGCAGCACAACCACUAGCACUAGUAACGAAGAUGAUGACGACGAUGACGAUGAAGAGGACGAAGAGGACGACGAUAAUGAUGACAACGAGCAGGACGCUGAGGGUGACACGGACGAGGAAGAUAAUGACGAGGCGGCCACCUCGCAGGACGAGGCUGGUCCUUCGUCAGCGGCAGGUACGAGUAGCAAAUCGAAAAAACGCCAGUUGGAAUCAUCGUCCUCGUCCAGCUCGUUAAGCAAUGAUUCCAUGGCUAGCAGAGACGGCGAUGAUACCGAGGUGGAGUUGCCCACCUCCAAAUCGGAACCGCUGCUCGCUGCGGUAGAGAAAAAAAUAUCCCGAAAAAGUCAGGAAAACAAGGAAAACCAAAACAUAGACAAAACGGAAAUGCCAGCCGCCCAACUCAAUAUCUACUACAAAUUCGUGAAUACCGAAACGCGACUGCUGCGAAAGAUACUGAACGCGCACGGAAUGGCGGAGAGCGGAUCGGAUUCGUCCGAUUUCAAUCUACUGUGGACCGGUAUACAUUUGAAGCCGGAUAUUUUGCGCAACCUGGCGCCUUACCAGCGAGUUAAUCAUUUUCCGAGAUCGUACGAGUUGACGCGAAAGGAUCGGUUGUAUAAAAACAUCGAGCGAAUGCAGCAUCUGCGAGGUUUGAAGCACUUCGACAUAGUGCCGCAGUCGUUCCUGCUGCCACAGGACUACAAGGAACUGAUUGCUGCCCACAAUAAGUGCCGUGGUCCGUGGAUUGUGAAACCGGUUGCCUCCAGCCGGGGACGGGGAAUCUUCAUCGUCAACUCGCCGGACCAGAUUGCUUCAUACGAGCAGGUUGUGGUCGCAAAGUACAUCACCGAUCCGCUCUGCAUCGACGGUCACAAGUGUGACAUUCGGCUGUACGUUGCAGUUACCUCGUUCGAUCCCCUGAUUAUCUACCUCUACGAGGAGGGUCUCGUACGUUUGGCAACAGUGAAGUACGACCGAACCGCAGAGAACCUAUGGAAUCCGUGCAUGCAUUUGUGCAACUACAGCAUCAACAAGUACCAUACGGACUACAUAAAGUCGAAUAAUGCCGGUGAUGAGGAUGUGGGACAUAAAUGGACUCUAAGCGCAUUGCUGAGACAUUUGCGCAGCCAAGGUUGCAAUACGGAACAGUUGAUGUUGAACAUUGAGGACUUAAUUAUAAAGGCGAUUUUCUCUUGCACUCAGCCGAUUGUGGCAGCAUGUCGAAUGUUCGUACCACACGUCGGAAACUGCUUUGAGCUCUAUGGGUUUGAUAUUCUGAUAGAUGAUACGCUGAAACCAUGGUUGCUGGAAAUCAAUCUUUCGCCUUCGCUUGGCUGUGAUACUCCCUUGGAUACGAAGGUGAAAGCUUGUUUGCUAACAGACCUACUAACGAUGGUAGGAAUUCCGGCCAUCAGUCCUUUGCAGAAAGCUUGCUAUGACAGCAAAGGCCAAAAAAUAAGGAACUUAACGACACCCUACAGAAGAGUCAACUCAGCCGAUUUUGUACACAAUACCGGUACAAGUGGAGGGAAAAAGGACUCCCACGCUCAGCAGAAUGAGCCAUCAUCAAAGAAGCUGCAGACAACGCUUAGUGCACUAACAACGGAAGAGCUAAAAAUUGUCCGUUUUGCUCGUUCACAGUACGAAAGGCGUGGUGGGUUUGUGAGAAUAUUUCCCACUAGCGAUAGCAUGAUGCGUUACGCUUCGUUUCUGGAUCCGAUAACCGGAGUUCCCACUUCGGCCAUCACGUCGUCCGGUAGUGGCACCUACCUGAUGGUCAUCCCGCACAACUACAAUCAAAUGCUGCACACGCAGCUUUUUUCGCAGGGCAGUGAAUCGGAAAAUCGAAUCAUUCAUCGAAUCCAGAAGUACGAACGUGCAUUGGAAAGCUCUCUUCCCAUAACGAUCGGUCCGAAACAUACGGCUCCGAAGUGCGUUGACGAAGCAAAACGGCUGCGAUUGCAAAUCAGAAAGCUUAUUGAAGCGGGUCAUGAAAUGAGCAUCUUGCAAUCCAGGCGAGCCUUUGGUCUGUAUCUGGAAUACAUUCUGAAGAGGCUUUCGUCCGAACCAAAGCACAGCCACGAGGAGUUGGUGAUGAAGUUUCUGUAUCGCGUUGGGGCGCACAUGAAAACACCUUUCUUUUUUCGCAAUUUCGGCAAUAAAGCAUUAGGCAAGGAUCGGGGAGCGAUGGUUGCGAAACAGCUGGGCGACUACUUGCACCUGUAUAACAAGGAAACGGAAGCGUUUGUAGACUCUUUCGACAUGGUAGGGAUGGUUCCGAUCAAGCUGUUCAAUGAAUUUCUGAUGCAGGCCAGCGAAACAGACGUGGAAUCGGUGCUAACGUUGCACACCAAUCUCACCCAGACGAUGCCGUUCCUGUACACCGGGCUGUCCUCUAGUGUCCCGCCGGCGCCUCCCAUUCCGGUGGGGGCGCACGGUUUUCUCAAAGCACUGCCCUGCAUGGCUCCGGGCGGAGCCAAUAAAGAGCUAAUUCGGCUUGAUCCGUACUACAAGAUCAGUGAGGCUAGCCGAACCAGUCGUACUGGGUUCAGCACUGCCGGACGGGCGGACUUUCGGAGCGACAAAAGUAUGCGGCUGUCACCGAUCAAGCGGAAACCUCCGGUCGGUAAUAUGGUUAAGUCGUCCCGCGAACGAGAUCAGCGAUCCAACUGGUUGUACUAGAGGAAUGAUGGGCGAGGCUGUUUGUUGUUUAUUUUUCUUCAUGAAGGUAGUUUUUUCGUUUUGUCCUGCUUAUGAUGAUUUUUCUUAUCCGCUGUUUGGAACGAAAGUAAAACAUUCCAUUAAGUUUUUGGUUAUCUUUCUUGUCUUACUUACUAAAUAAUAUUAUAAACCACUUUAUUUUUCUUUGAUAUUCUUACACUCGUUAUGCUAGUUGCAUCAUAUUUCUUUUUCAUGUGAUAAUGGUUGAAUUCUUUUGGCCCCUUCUGACACACUUGACUUUCUUAAUAUAAUUUCGGUCAUUUUCUUUAACCAUCGCAAAAAAAUCAAAAUAGGCUUGUAUGGAUCACUUGUAGAGCUGAUUUUCAAUCACAAUAUAGCUGAAUGAAGUAAUGCUGUGCUUUUGUACAAAUUGUGCUAUAAGGCAGGUCUUCCAUUGCAGCUAGUUCUCAUUUUGAUGGCAAUUGGGCAGCGUUACUAUAGAUGCUAUUUGGCCCUACAUGUGUAUCAUUCUCACAUUUGCUGAUAAAGUUGAAUUAGAGGAAGCAAAUUUAAAUAAGGGAGUCAAUUCUAUUCAAAGUUAUAAUAUAAAUUUUAGUACACACGUCUGACGGAUAAAGUAACCGACGUUGGUCAUAAAAACAAUAAAAAAUUAUUACUUGAAUUACCUUCUUAAAUAUUUUACUUAGAGUUAUCAAUGUUGAGAUUAUUUGCAACAGAUAUUUGAUUUUGAAACUAGCGUGAUUGAUGUUUAACAAUAAAUCGCCAGUGUCUGUUUUGAACUUCGAAGUUCGAAUAGUCGUACUGAUGAAAUUUUUGAAUGCAUUAUCUUGAUUUUUCAUCAUUGAUUAAUAUUGGAAAGUGGAACUACUAUCCCACAGCUACAUCUUGUAUUAUCAAAAUCACUUUGUUUCAAUAUUGAUACUCAACAUACAUCAUUUUUACAAUAUCAAAUUAAUUAUUUAUUAAUGUUUUAUUUAUUAGUUACAGUGUGGUGCUAUUUUCAUAUUUCUGUCCCUUUUUUGCUCGGUCUUUAACUACAAUUGCAGCCAUAAAGUACGCAGAUUUCGAUCCUAGUCGUAUAAUGUAACCUGAUUAUUGACAAACACGAACAGAGGGAUGCUGUCAAUGGCGUCCGUGCUAACUAGAAUAUUGUUCUACUUUCGCCAAGUGAACGAUAUCAUAGGAGCUAUUUGAAGAUGAUAAAUUUAUUCGUUAAAACUUAAGCACAGAAACAAUCGUCAUACGCUCUAACAUAUAGUACGCUACUUUAAAAAAGUUUAUUACGGAACUAAUAUCGAUAUAUUAAUAAAGAAUAAAGAUAGAUUAUAGACACAAAAAUGACACCAUAUUUUACCGUAAGCCAAAGAUUUGGUUUUAGCAAAAACAAACAGGCGUAGUUUUUCUUUUUGUAAGAAGAAAGUGAAACUGAAUCUAGUCACUCAGUAGCGUUUUCACUUAUAUUAUUCGGAAAGGUCAAUGGACAACGCAAGUGAUAGAUUUCGCAGAUUUAGUUCUUCGUCUGGUGAAUAUUCAAUCAUGCUUAUCACCACUUCCGGGUUGUUGUACCGCUGGUACAUAAUAAAUAUUCGGCCCUUUAAUAGAGAAAACAAAUGAACGCCUAGCAUUAUCAAAGGAAGCAACAUAAGUCCAAAGCAUAUAUUUUUGAUAUUAAAAGUUGAAAAUUACUAGUGAACAGAGUAAUCAACACUCGUAGAAACUGCUGUAACACUCACUAAGUAUUAGGCUUAGUAUGAAUUAGAAACGGCCUUUGGGUGGCGCGAUUUCUUCGAAAUUGUUGGUUAUAAAUUACACAAAAAAAAAACAUUAACUACUAACAACAUUUGCUUCUAUCUCUAGCGAUAGUAAAUUGCACAGCACAAAUUUACAAUAAUUGAACAAACAGAAUUUUAAGCACAAUACAAUAAAUGAAAGUUCACUUGUUAAAACCGGCUUCGUCCAGAAAAUUGUUAGAAAACUUUAAACAAACAAAAAACGCUUUUAUAGUUUGACUAAACACAGCACAGAGCAAUGCCAUUCGGCAGGUGUCUUCCAUACGAUAUGGAUUCCAGCAAUCAGGCAGUCGAGAAUCGCACGCUUUUUAACUGCUUUUAAUCGAAAGAGAAAAUUAAUCAAAAGAAAUCAUAUCGAUAGCUAAUCCGGCCAUUUACACGCGUACACUGAAAAGCUUACAAGUAGUGCUUUUGUAUUUCCUAACCGCUUUGCAGUGUUCCCAUUACGAACGUACAUACCAAAUCAAGCAAAUUCUCAUUGAUGCAUUUUACUCCUGUUACAUAAUUCCAAACCAAGCAAACCUAUAAACAUACCUACCUACCAAAUCAAGCUCGAUACUCUCGUAUUAAUUACCGAAUUCCCGUUCGAUCAGGCUAUUCUCCGUACCAAGAACAUCGAGAAAGACAAAACAAUUUAGUAUCACUUUGCGUGAUUUCUCCCGCACGGGAAGAAAAUGUUCAAUAAAGCAAAAAUCAAUUUCAAUAAAACUUACU